AUGGCGGGCAGCGAGGCGGCAGGCGGGCCUGCUCCUGCCUGUGUGCUGGGCAUAGACCUGGGCACAACGUCGGUUAAGGCGGCUCUGUUGGUAGGGACAGAGCGAGGGAUGGUGGUGGCAGAGACCUGCUCCAGGGAGACACAGGCUCACACCAGUAGCCUGGAAGCUGGACCGCAGGGAAUGGAGCAGAAUGUCCGGAGAAUAAUAAGAGCGUUGAAUGAAUGCCUUGCUGCUCUACCUCAGCAGCAGCUUCAAAGAGUCAGUCACAUUGGCAUUUCAGGACAAAUGCAUGGGAUUGUAUUUUGGAAAAAAGAUAAAGGUUGCAAGUGGACUGAGUGUGAUACAGGCCCUGCCUUUGAGCCAGAGGAGAUCAGUCAUCUGGUUACUUGGCAAGACGGCCGCUGCAGUCCCACCUUCCUCUCUUCUCUUCCUCUGCCACAGUCACAUAUCAGCCUGGCUACGGGAUUUGGGUGUGCCACAAUCUACUGGUAUUUAAAGAAGAGUCCAGAUUUUCUGAAGUCUUACGAUGCAGCUGGCACUAUCCAUGACUAUGUGGUUGCCAUGUUGUGUGACCUGAAGAAGCCACUCAUGUCCAUCCAGAAUGCUGCCAGCUGGGGAUAUUUUAAUUCCAGAAACAAAAGCUGGAAUACUGACAUAUUGAAAAACUCUGGAUUUCCUGUUCACUUGCUUCCAGAGGUGGCAGACCCUGGCAGUAUUGCAGGCACGACAAUCUGUGCAUGGCAUGGAAUACCCAAAGGAGCAAAAGUAGGAAUUGCUCUGGGAGAUUUCCAGUGCUCUGUUUAUUCCUGUCUGACUGAGAGGACUGAUGCAGUUCUCAAUAUCAGUACCUCUGCUCAGCUGACUAUCUCAAUGCCCCCGGGUUUCCAGCCUCCAGAAACACCAGAUCCUUCCUCAGCUCUUACUUAUUUUCCCUACUUCAGUGAUGACUACUUGGCAGUGGCAGCAUCACUCAACGGAGGCAAUGUGCUAGCAACGUUUGUGGACAUGGUGGCACGGUGGACAGAAGAGCUAG